ACCAGGGACACGAGUACGGCGCGUGCGCACAACCGGGAACGCGCUGCGAACUCUCUUCUGCGGUCGUCCAGGGUCUCCCAGAACAUUGGGGGCGGGAGGCCGGUCCUGAGAUCAGGAACAGGCCUUGUUGCAGAGUUGAACACGCCAUCCCUGGGGCUAGAUGUCUGCCUUGGAUCGGGUUGAAUGUGGAACUUGAAGAGGACAUGUGAGCUGGCUGGAUCCAGCAAUGAAGGGGGCCACCUAACAGAAUGUCCGGAGCGAGCAGAGCCACUUUCUUCAUGAGCACCCCAGGUUUAUUUCGUUUCCCUGCACCCCUGACCAGGAUACGCACAGUGCCAUGGGGCCUCCAGCUUUGGGAGAAGCUGACGUUGUUAUCCCCAGGAAUGGCUGUCACUCUAGUCCCGAUGGCAGGCAAGAGGGACUGCCCUCCUCUGCUUUCCCUGGACGAGAAUGAACUCGAAGAGCAGUUUGUGAAAGGACACGGUCCAGGGGGCCAAGCAACCAACAAAACGAGCAACUGCGUGGUGCUGAAGCACGUCCCCUCGGGCAUCGUGGUGAAGUGCCAUCAGACAAGAUCAGUUGAUGAAAACAGAAAGCGAGCUCGGAAAAUUCUACAAGAGAAAGUAGACGUUUUCUACAAUGGUGAGAACAGUCCGGUUCUCAAAGAAAAACGAGAGGCAGAGAAGAAAAAGCAAGAAAGGAAAAAAAGAGCAAAGGAAACCCUAGAGAAAAAGAAACUACUGAAAGAACUAAGGGAAUCGAGUAAAAAUGUGCACUGAGACAGGAACUGCAGGACGGACAGAGCUCCCGGGGAGUGACGGUGGUCAGCUCCAUCACCAGCGUUACUGCACAGCUUCUAAAGGAAUACUUCUGACAGAAUUAAAAGACAUCAAGGUUUUUUAAGUGGUGGACUAAACUACAGUAAAUAGAAAUGUGUACUUCAAGAGUAAAACUGUAAAGAAACACAAGGAAGUCGUUGCUAUAAAAGGACAAUUGCAGCUUUGGGGGAGAAAAGGGGCUGUCCUUAUGAUGCCGCUCUAGGGGUGCUGACAGUUCUAGCUCUUCACCUGGCAGUAGUCAGAAGGCUGUCCCCUUAUUCUCAGCUGCAUGUUUGCUCAUGUGACUGUUUUAUUAUAAAAGUCAAAAAUAAAAAAGUUUUUCAAAAAA